AUGACUAUUAACAAAGUUCAAGGACAAACGUUAGAUUUAGUUGGCGUAUUCUUACCAGAAUCAAAGAUGAAUCUUCAGUAUAAAUUACUACGAGAAAUUACACCAACUACUAGAGGAUGGAUAGCAAAACUUACUGUUAUUGAAAAACUUAUCCCACGUAUCUCUCGCAAUGGAGUUUUGUACCAACGUAUAAUUCUUGCUGAUAUUGAGAUAUUGUUGCAGAUCUUGCAACCAAAAACUUUAACUAUGUGGGAUGAACUAACUGAGACCGUUGGAAAAACAAUAUGUGAAAUUCUUCCACAAAAUCCUAUUAUAAUAGGAACACGCCUGAAAGUUGUUUCACACAACGGUAUAUCUUUAUCAUCCAAGCAACAAAGUUCAUUUAUCAUUAAUCUUACAAAUAUUCCACAAAUAAAUGAGCUUCGUCAAUGGAGCAUUAACAAUGAAGAAUACCUAUUUGCCAUUAUCAAUGAGAAGAGACUCUUCCCAAGCCAAACUGCUCUAAGAACUCUUCAAUAUAAUAAUAUCAUUACUAUUAAUGACAUUCAAAAUCUUCCGCAAGAGCAAACUACUUUUUGGAUCAAUGCAUCAAUCUCCAUCAAAAAUUUAAGACAACCCUUCUCGUACAUGGCUUGCACAAAAUGUCGUCAAAAAGCAGAUCUUGACAAUAAAACAUCAUGUUUUAACUGCUACAGCUGCAACGAAUUAUCUGUUGAGACAAUUCCAAGGUGUCACUUUCAAGCUCAACUAACAGACCACACAAGCUCACUAAUAGCAACGUUCUUCAGCGAAAAUGCAGAAAAGAUUUUAAAUUGUACUGCAGAAGAGCUUAUUCACAUGUAA